AUGUCGUCCGGAAAAGUCAAGGCCUCUGCGCUUUGGGGCAAGAACAAGGACGAGCUCAAGAAGCAGCUCGAUGACUUGAAGGCCGAGCUGGUGCAGCUGCGCACACAGAAGAUUGCUGGCGGCGCUUCCUCGAAGCUCAACAAGAUCCACGACGUCCGCAAAUCGAUCGCUCGCGUGCUCACCAUCAUCAACGCCAACCAACGCGCCCAGCUCCGUCUCUUCUACCAAAAGAAGAAGUACCUGCCACUCGAUCUUCGUGCCAAGCAGACUCGCGCCAUCCGCCGCCGUCUGUCUCCAGAGGAUGCGGCACGCGUCACCGAGAAGCAGAAGAAGAAGCAGAGACACUUCCCUCAGAGGAACUUCGCCGUGAAGGUAUGA